UGGAGCUUCCGAGGUGGAAAAACAAAUCGAAUAAUUUGUUUCACAAACACACAGUCUUCGUUUCUCGUCCGGUAGCUGGUUUGGUGAAGUCGUGAUGGACUCAUUACGCGCUCUGACGUGCGUAGCUACAUGGUACGAUGGAGGUUUAUUGUAGGCUCUGAACUUUGCUGAGUCCAGUUUUAAGGCAUUAUUACGCAAAACUAGUGCCAAAUACAAUUAAGUACAAAACGGCCCAGCAAAUUCCCAACAUUCUGAGUAAUCAUCUGCAAAUAACCCUAACGUGCUAAUUAGUACCAACAUGGUCACAUACGGUUCGGCCCUAUGAAUGGAUUGCAUUUCUUCGCUUCUCGUCAAACUCUUAAAACCGAUGACUAAAUGUUGAUACAUGAAGAUCAAUUGCAUCGCGGCAGGAAGUCACCGGCUGAAUUCCAGCGAACCCCCACAUACGGGUGACAAAUCAGGAAACGAAAUGAAUCACGCAAUAAUCCGACGGGGGCAGAGCAGACCAACCAAGAGGUGUGAAUCGGAAGAUCAGUAGCCGAUCAAAUAAAUACAGCGAUCAUGCCUGCCGUCCGGUGUCAGUGUUUCAACAGUCUCGGAAAGCGUCGGAAGGUUGUGUCGUGCUACAAGCUAAAGUAGAACCAUCUCGAGAACCAGUUUAGUGAUUUGCAGCAACUUCUUUUAGUGUACAAUUAGCGUAAAAUUAAACGUGAUCGUUCGCCAUGUCUCAGAAAAUUAUUAUAAGCCUCUUGGUGUGUGUUGUCGCCAUACCCGUUGUAGUUCACAGUGCGCCCAACCGAAACACAGCGGAAGUUGCACCACAUCGGACUGAAGAAGAUGUUUUGGCGGUUACGAAUCUACCCUCUUCCACUGUGAAACCUUCGAACGAACUCGAACACAGCGAUGAAGGAUCUGUGCAAGAGAAUGCACCUUCAUCGCGAACGAAACGAGCCAUCAUCUUCCGGCCUCUGUUCGUCUAUCGACAGCAGGAAAUUAAGAAGCAGAAGCUGAGAGAGAUGCGUGAACAACAGCAACAGCAGCCACAGAGAGAACAGUCGGCUGCCUGUGCCGCUUGCCAGCAACAGCAGCAGCAGCAGCAACAGCAACAAACACCCAGAAAGCCUGUCCGGUAUUAUGCACAGAACUAUCCGUACCAGCGGUUGUAGAGGGGGAAAACCCCCCAGCUCGAUGCUGUAUCAACAGCACAUUUGACCGUAUGCGAAAAUCAUGACUGAACGAGAAUCUCAUUAUCAUACACGUAUCAAAAGCGCCAAACGUACCAUGGAUGUGAGAUGAGGAUUGCUGUUUGCGUGUUAUUGCGAAUGCAAUCUGCCGUUUUGUAAUUUAUUUAUUCAAUAAAAAAAUCGUUUCAUUUUUUAUUC